AUUGACCAUUGGUAAUUUUUGUUAAUUGUCUAGAAAACCCCCGUUUCUUUUGUUUCGGCCCGUAACCUUUGACACGAUCACGUGAUACGCCAUUCGACUUGACGGUACGCGGGUGCCGGUCUUGUUUUAGUUUGUCUCUUCAUCUGGUGUUUUGCGAGUAUGGAGUCUGAUCCUGAGAAGAAGAGGAAGAAGAAGAGACGAUGUUCCGUGUGUCGGCUACCAGUGAAAGGACACCCGGGACCAUACGGCCGCGGCAGGUGCACUUUUGAGCGGCCAGAAGGAACCUCAGAUGAAGACUUUUUCGGACGACAGCGGGGUAGUGCUAACGUUCAGGAGAAGAUCAGAGGCCUUCGGCGGCACAGUAAAGUUCCGGAGCUAGUGCGUAAGGCCUGGUCGGACAGCCUCUCGGAAGACGCGGAAGAGGAGGUGAGGUUGUCUAGAUCAUACAACCUAAAGAAAUCGUCGGAUUACGGCGGAGAGAAAGCCAGCGUUCGAGCAAGAAGUGAGCCCCCUCCCCAGGUUUCUCGCCAAAACGCACGUGAUCGGAGCAGGGAGUAUGCACAAGUGAAAGACCAGCCUGACAUACGAGACCUGAGAGAAUCUAGGAAAUUGGUCAAAGAGGUGGACAAGGCUUUGGACGACUGGUUACAUCCAGUUACAAGCCAGGAGAGGAGGAUCAGCGACAAAUGCCUUGACGAGAGCGACUUUGAUUCAACUUCAACAUCAUCACAGACUGAAUCGGGGCGGUCGUCCGACACAGAGGAGUCAGCUUACACACGAAAACCAGAAAGGCGCCGGCGUCGCAGGGGGUCGCGUAAGAAGAAGACCGAGGCUAGGGAUCCGCCCCAAACGCUUUCAUCCGACACAACAGAGUCAGAGUCGGGUUUCGUGAGAAAACCAGACAAGCGCAAGCGUCGCAGGGGGUCGCGUAAGAAGAGGAGCGCUACUAGGGUCGGCGGCAAGAAGAAAGAGAAAGGCAAACGCUCCCGGCGCAACUAUGACUCAGACACAUCUUCGUACGACUCCCGCUCACGUUCUAGGAGGCGACGUCGUGCAGGUAAGAGCGGUCGUAACCGUACUAUUAAUGAUUCGGGUACACGUCGGGUCAAAGUUGAUUGGCCACAACAUCGGGUGCAUUUCCCGGGAUAUGGUAAAGAAGGGGGCGUGACUUAUGACGAGUUAUCCCUACCCAUGUUUGUGCACGGCUAUGUUAAGAAUGUUCUCGAUCGUGAGCGUGUAUCUACGGACGCAGAGCAUAAGUUGGUUCACCUAGCAGAUCUUAUGUUCGAUGCUGUCUACUAUGAUUGGGUUGCAGUACGGGAAGUUCACGCAUCUUUACUGUAUGGGAUGGAAUACGGAUCGCUCGCAUGGGGGAACCGCGGUGCCUUUGAUGCUGUCAGGGAAAGACACUACCGAACACAGGCUAGGGUUGCUCGGGGCAACGCGGGCAACGCUCCGAGGGCGGGGCUUGUGAAAGAGGCUCGAGUGUCGGCAAGCAGACCGCGCUACUGUGGCGAGUUCCAGACCGGGUCCUGUUCUCUACCCUCCGGGCAUUGGAGCACACGAUGGAACGCCCCACUGUUACACGUCUGUAGUGCGUGUUUGAUAGUUCGGGAGAUUCAGGCACCGCACCCGAGUCAAGAGUGCCAGCACAAACCACGGCCAUUUCGGGGCCCGGCAGACAGAGCAAAUCGCAGCUUCGGUAACUCCGCCCACUUCUCCCAGGGACCCGGCCCCGCACGUGGCGGCACACAAGGCGAUCAGGCUACAUGAAGAGGUAUCGGCAUUUAAUGUUCCUAACUAUAUUGGCGCUCGUAGACCGGUGGACUCAAAUCUGAAUAUACAUACCUGGAGAAAGUUACUCAAAGAUUACGAGCACAAGCAUAUAGUGGAUUAUUUGGAUUUCGGUUGGCCCAUCAACGUUCAGGAAGAACUCUAUAGUCCGCCUGCAGUUUUGUAUCCUAAGAAUCAUAAGUCUGCCACAACGUAUUCUUCACAUGUUGAUCAUUUUCUUUCUGAAGAGCGUCGCCUAGGUGCCAUAGUGGGACCGUUUCCAAAGAACCCUUUUUCGUCCCCAGUGGUUUCUUUACCAUUACAAACAGUGGAGAAACGGAACAGUGAUAAGAGGAGAGUAGUA